AUGGGCGCAUCGCAGUCGUCUCAAGGCGACGAGGCGUCCGCAGGUGGCCAGGUCAAGACGAGCUACUAUGAAUUGCUAGGAGUGGAGCGCAAUGCCACCCAAGACGAGCUCAAGAAAGCAUACCGCAAGAAAGCCCUCGAACUUCAUCCAGACCGCAACUAUGGCGAUGUCGAACGCACUACUGCUCUCUUCGCCGAGGUGCGAGCCGCUUACGAAGUCCUAUCAGACGACCAGGAGCGCGCAUGGUACGACGCCCACGAGGGAAGCAUCCUAAGAGGGGGCACUGGAGAGGAAGAUGCUGGCGAGCACUACCAGGGCAGCAUGCGUGUCACCACCGCAGACGACCUGGCGCGGAUGAUGGGCAAGUUCCGAGGAAACGUAGACUUUUCCGACUCACCCAACGGCUUCUUUGGCUUUGUCAGAGAGACAUUCGAGCAGCUCGCUCGCGAGGAAGAAUAUGCAGCAGACUACGAAGACAUCGAUAUACCAAACUACCCCUCGUUUGGCCAUAAGGAAGACACCUACGACGGUGUCGUGCGUGACUUCUAUGCCGCCUGGAAUGGAUUCGCUACAGCCAAGAGCUUUGCAUGGUUGGACAUGUACCAACUGUCCCAUGCCCCCGAUCGCCGCACGCGCAGACUGAUGGAGAAAGAAAACCAAAAGCUUCGCGAUGACGGUAGACGAGAGUUCAACGAUGCUGUCCGGACGCUGGUCGCCUUUGUACGCAAGCGAGAUCCACGCUACACGCCCAACAGCCAGACGGAUGAGGACAAGGCCAAGGCGCAACGGGACGCGCGCAAGGCCCAGGCUGCACGAGCAAGGGCUGCUCAGAUUGCCAAGAUGGAAGAGGAGGCGCAAGCAGUCCCAGAUUGGGCCACAGCACGUCCGGAUGACGAGCUGGACGAGGAGAGUGAAGAGGAAAUCCAAGAGGAGCACUACGAGUGCGUAGCCUGUAACAAGACGUUCAAGAGUGAGCGGCAGUACGACGCGCACGAAAAGAGCAAGAAGCAUCAAAAGUCCAUACAAGUACUGAAAAGGAAGAUGCAAAAGGACAAUGCAAAUCUCGACUUAAGCCAGGAUGCUUUGAAAGAGAAUGUUGUAACACUAGCAGAUGCAGAUCUUGAAACAGAUGCCACUACUCCAGAAAUGAACGGUUCGGAUGGGUUCGUUGAAGAGGUUACGGAGAAGACGGGCAAACUUGGAGUGGGAGAUGACAACACAGACGAUGAAGAGCUACAGUUGACGGAAAAUGCGUCCGACAACAAAGCCACCGAGCCACACACCACCUCUGGACCAGUAUCGGCAUACAGUGACGACGACGAUGUUGAUGAUGAUGAGGAAGACGACGAAUAUGCCUCGCGGUCGGAAAUUGAAGCGCGUCUGGCAGGUUUCAGUAGCAAAGAGUCGCCUAAUGCCAAACCCGUUGAGGAGCUUGAGAUCAAGUCGACGGAUGAUGCACAGCCAGAAGGCGUUGCAGCGACACAGCCCAAAAUGGGCAAGGCUGCACAGAAGCGGGCAAAAAAGGCGGCCAAACAAGCAGAAGUGGACGAUAGUAACGCAAAGAUGAAGUGCGCCGGGUGCAAUGCGGGAUUUCCAUCCAAGACCCAACUGCAUCAACACUUGAAAGACCAUCCCGGACAUGCCGCGCUCAAGUCUGUAGCUGGCGGGAGCAAAAAAGGAAAGAAGCGGUAG